AUGCUUUAAAAACAUCGUUGACAUCGGUUGACAUCGAUGUUGGCAUCGUAGUUUCUCCACCACUACAGCGAAGGUCUAAAACAACAAAUGAAAAACAUAAACAUUUAGAAUAUAUAAAAUAUCAGAACUAAAUGACAUGUCACUGCCGAGGAUCACGGAUUUCGAAAUACUCGAAAAACUGGGAGCGGGCAGCUAUGCGACCGUCUAUAAAGCGCGGCACAAAAAACAGCGGUCUUAUCAUGCGAUUAAGUACGUGGAAAUGUCGACGCUGUCGCAAACCUCGCGGGAAAACCUUAUCACGGAAAUACGCCUCCUAAGGGAUCUGAAACACAAGUACAUUGUGACCCUGCAGGAUUUCUUCUGGGACGACAAAAACAUAUACAUCGUAUUGGAGUAUUGCAAUGCCGGAAAUUUGUCCGCUUUUAUACGCACCAAGAAGGCUUUGCCGGAGAGCACCUGCCGGUACUUUCUGCGCCAGUUGGCGGCAGCUGUCCAGUAUAUGCGAGCCAACGAUGUGUCCCACUUCGACCUUAAGCCGCAGAACCUGCUGCUCACCCGAGGAGCAAACAAUGUGUCCCUGAAGGUGGCGGACUUUGGAUUCGCUCAGCACUUGAAGCUGGGCGAGAUCAACCAGCAGCUGAAGGGUUCUCCCCUCUAUAUGGCCCCGGAAAUUGUGCGCAAGCAUCAGUACGAUGCCAAGGCGGAUCUCUGGAGCAUUGGGGUGAUCCUGUACGAAUGCCUGUUCGGCAAAGCGCCAUACAGUUCGCGAACCAUUGAGGAACUGUUGCUGAAGAUCAAGAGGGCCGAGGCAAUUACACUGCCACCAAAUGCUCGCAUUUCGAACGAGUGUCACGAUCUCUUGCGCCGCCUUUUGGCCCAUGAGCCCAUGGCGCGCAUUUCGUUUGCGGACUUCUUUGCGCACCCAUUCCUCGAUCUCAAAACAUUUCCCACGGAGCAUACCCUGCAAAAGGCCAUCGAUUUGGUCACUCAGGCCUGCUCAUACGAUGAGAAACGCAACUACAAGGAGGCUUACUAUCUGUACUGCAGUGCACUGCAAUAUUUUGUGCCGCUGAUCACGGAGGAGGCGGACGCAACCAAGAGGCUGGCACUGCGCAAUCGUGCCUUGUCCUAUACGAAACGCGCCGAGGAGAUCAAGAAUUGCAUAAUCGAGGACGAGUACAGAAUGCUGGCCGAGCGACAACGUCUUCAGGCGUCUUCAACGUCAACUGCCACAGCUAACCAAACCACAGAGCCUUCUCCAGCUGCCGAGGCUGCCGAUUCGCAGCCCAGCAGCUCGCGGGUUGCAGAGAUGCUAGAACCAGAUGCCCGCUAUAAACAGCUUUUUGCCCUCUCGCAUACAAGUCCGUCCCUGAAGACUGGCCUGGAGAUCGGACGGAAGGGCGAGCUUUAUCUUUACGAGCGUAAGCUGGACGCGGCACUGGAGUCGUAUACCUCAGCGUUGGGCAUUUUAGUGCCAUUUGUGAACAAUGAACCAAAGGGUGAGCGACGAAAUCUGCUGCUGCAACAGCUGGAGUUCUGGAUAAAGGAGGCGGAAAGCAUCAAGAGUAUUUUGAGCGCCAAGCAUAUGGAUGAGGAGGAGCAGAAGCUCUCCACGCGCACCUCAAUGAGAACCAUCACAUUCCCGGGCUGGUCAAGUCCCCCGCUUUUGUAUUUCAUUCUGUUCAUUGUGUUUAAUUUGAUUAAAAUUGUUUAAAGAUUACCGGA